AGCUCGAAUUUACGAAGAGGUGGAGAAAGCGUGCUUUCAGCGGCAGCUAGCUUAGUCUAGGGUUAGUAGCCAUCGGGGGCGGGGAUGUGCAUCCGGAGCGGUCUAAUCUCUAACAUUAUUGUGUGUUGUAAUCCCUACCCGAACAUCAACUUAUCUCAUGGGACCGACCUGCAGUAACUACUCUCCUACUGGAUGAGUACCACGACGCUAGAUCAUGUAAUGUCUGGUGGGUCUGCCGAUCGCAGCGCUUCGAGCUGUCGGUAAAUCGAGACAUAAGCAGGCCUACUUGUCAGGAAAAGUCGAGGGCAAAGGGAAAUGGAGACUCCCGUACUUAAUACCAAGUCCUUAGACUCCUGACUUGAUGGCUCAGAAACACCCUCUAGUUGCGAAAUCUUAACUCGGGCACUUCCUUUCAGACUCUCGUGGGCUUUCUUCAGAUGCUUUCUCGAGGCUUUGGUUUUAUUGUCCCCCCGAGUCACCAGUAUGGCUUCGGGCGAGCUCUCUCCGUUGGAGCAAGGCGAGCUUCUUCAGACCGCCGCCUACAAUGAGCCGCCUCUCACGCCAAAGAACCUCGCAUUAAGCCUCAUCGUUGUCGUCUUGGUCACAGCUACCGUCGCCACCAUAGUUGUUGGAUUGAGGGUCUAUGUCCGGGCGUGGAUGGGAAGGAAAACAAAAAAUUGGGGCUGGGAAGAUGUCUUCGCCGUCGGAGGUUACCUCGCUUUCCUUUGCAGUAGUAUCUUCGCCAUCAAAGCUGCCUACUAUGGGUUGGGCACCCCAGACGCCGACCUCAACCCCUAUCUCAUGGUGAGGUGCGCCGAGUACAUGCUCUAUUCGCAGGUACUUUAUGGCGUGUCGAUGCCGCUCAUCAAAGCCUCGAUCGUGUUUACACUUGUGCGCAUCACAAUCAAGCCCGGGUAUCGCUAUGCACUGUACAGUAUGCAGUUUCUGGCCACCAUCAUGGCCAUGGUGGGAAUCCUGGCUUCCCUGCUGUAUUGCAGGCCCGUGAACGCGUACUGGAACCCUCUUCUAGGGAAGUGUGGUAACUUCAUGGUUGUCGUCAACAUCGGCUACGCCUGGACGGCAGUGGGAAUCGUGACUGACUGGAUGUGCGCUAUCAUCCCAUACUUCAUUGUCCGAAAUCUUCAGAUGUCGAGAAGGUCAAAGACCACGGUCAUGGUUGUCUUGGGACUAGGUGCUAUCGCCAGUACAGCCACCAUUAUUCGGGCACCUUAUCUGCAAUACUAUCUUGUCGAGACCGACCGACUCUACUGGAACGGUCACAUUUCUAUCUGGUGUCAGGUCGAGAGUGGUCUAGGUCUCAUUGCAGCUUCGCUUCCUGCUCUUCGUCAAAUGGUACGCAAGUAUCUCGAGUCCUCUCGGUACGGAUCUGGGGGCGGCAGCAAACCCGUCGGCUACGACUCUCAUGCAGACACCCACAAUAAGACUGGCGAUGGGAAUGUGGCGUUGGGUGCCCUUCCUCCACGUGCAAGGACUUCUGCUACCGCAGGCAAAUGGGCACGACUCUCCGACGACAACUCUAGCGCGAGACACAUCAUUCAGGAGCGAACGAUUUCCAUCGAGACAGAGAGCCUGAGUUCGAGCGAUAAGCACAGCUCUAGGGUAUAGCGCGAUCGCUUUUCUGUCUUACGCCCGAGGGGAGGCACUCGAAAGGAUGCGACAUCUCUCCUUGCUUCAGGGUUGUAACGGUACUAAUGGAAUAGUCUGCCGCCGGUAUGCACUAUAGAAGUACGUAUCGCAUACUUGAGAUAACAUAAUUUAGAAAGAAUAUUCUAUAAUCAUGUACGU